CCUUCUGAGAAUGCGCCUUCAUUUGCGCGUCUCCCCCGCGCGCCGGCGGCCGUGGUAUCGCCCAAGGCGGAAGGGGCUCUUGGACAGAACCUGUUCGCUGGCGCAGAGAUGGCUGCGGGCGUCCCGUGUGCGCUAGUCACCAGCUGCUCAUCCACCUUUUCCGCAGACCGGCUAGUCCAGCAUAUCCUUGGAACAGAAGAUCUUAUUGUGGAAGUGACUGCCAACGAUGCCGUGAGGUUUUAUCCCUGGACCAUUGAUAAUAAAUACUAUUCAGCAGAUAUCAAUCUAUGUGUGGUGCCAAACAAAUUUCUCGUCACUGCAGAGAUUGCAGAGUCUGUUCAAGCAUUUGUGGUUUACUUUGACAGCACGCAGAAAUCUGGUCUUGAUAGUGUUUCCUCCUGGCUUCCACUGGCAGAAGCAUGGUUACCUGAGGUGAUGAUCUUGGUUUGCGAUAGAGUGUCUGAAAAUGGUGUAAACCGACAGAAGGCUCAAGAGUGGUGUAUCAAACAUGGCUUUGAAUUAGUAGAACUUAGUCCAGAAGAGUUGCCUGAGGAGGAUGAUGACUUCCCAGAAUCUACAGGAGUAAAGCGAAUUGUUCAAGCCUUGAAUGCCAAUGUCUGGUCCAAUGUAGUGAUGAAGAAUGAUAGGAACCAAGGCUUUAACCUUCUCAGCUCAUUGGCUGGAGCAAACCAUAGCACUGGAUCAGCAGAGACCUGCCACUCAGAGCAGCCCCAGUUGCCAGCAGCAGAGAGGACUGAACCCCUCUUGGAUCAUCGAGGUGGUGCCUCUAAUACAACAGACACUCAGGUCGAUAGCAUCGUGGAUCCCACGUUAGACCUGGAUAUUCAAGAACUAGCCAGUCUUACUACAGGUGGAGGAGAUUUGGAGAAUUUUGAAAGACUAUUUUCAAAGUUAAAAGAAAUGAAAGACAAGGCUGCGACGCUUCCUCACGAGCAAAGAAAGUUGCAUGCAGAAAAGGUGGCCAAAGCUUUCUGGAUGGCAAUUGGGGGAGACAGAGAUGAAAUUGAAGGCCUUUCGUCUGAUGAAGAACACUAAAUUAUUCAUGCUAGGGCUUGACUACCAAAGACCCUAGCUCCCUCUACCUGAGCUACUUCCCUACUCAACCCAGUCAUCUUUUGCUGAGCUCCCCAUCAUCAUGUUGGCCGCCUGACUUGUUUAUAGGCUCCCGUGAAUUUUAGUUUUUAGUAGGGGGUAAAGCAGACAUCUCUCCUCCCUCAGAAUAUCGUGGGGGAGUGAGAAUGACAAUAAGGAGUGAGGAAUUCUCAAAUACGCUUUUUUGCUCUAGGAACAGGGGUGGGAUGAGGCUCCAAGGCCUGUGUGAUGGGACCAAGUUAAAGGCGAAGAACCACCAGGCCAUUCCUGGUCAGUCUUCUAAGCAGCGUUCCCCGCGUUCACACGUGAUCACUGCAGAUCGGGAGCCUGUGCCACCUUUCCUGGGUUCUGGAUUCUUUCUGUCAAGGAACUUGCUGCUCUGAGGUUUGAUGCUUUCGAUGGGAGGAAAGAUUUAAUCUGUGCUGUAGUAUAGACUAUGUGCCAAAGCCACUGGCCCUCAGGUUAGUCUCUAGCUGGAAAAAAAAAAAAAAAUGCAUCUGGGCAUUUCAUUUGAAGUACAGUAUCUGAGCUCAUGCUAGAAAGUAUUGAGAAACCAUUGUGAAUUUUUAGACUGUAGUAAAUGAUGCAAGGGUUUCCCACUCUGGUAAGGAUAAAAUAAACCCUCCUCUACCAAGUUGUGGGUCUGUCGGUAUGCGUGUGUAAGAGAGAGAGAAGCUUAAGGAAUUCCCUCUAUAGGCCACUGAAACGGUAUGAUCAUAUCCUGAGAUUUUUGCAUUAGUGUUACCGUGGAGAAAGUUUUCUUUCUUAGAGUUCGCUACCUGAGAUGGCAGAGCUGUGUUGUCACAACUCAUACCCUCAAAACAAGGCAAGUUUCCUUUUCUCUUUCUGAAAGCCAGAGAUCACUGCCAAAAUAGUAACACUAAGGAGUGGGCUUGGUGGGAAAGGAUAUGAAAUGUUAGGCAGUGAAUCCCUGAGUACCUUGUGUUACUUCCAGGGCUCAGUGGGUCAGCUCUAGGGGAAAUGAUCACCAAGGGGAAAGUUUCCAGAGGAAGAGUGGGAAAUAGAGCAAAUGUAAUCCUUAUUUUCUGUUUUCGUAGGCACUUUGUAAUGCAUGUCAUGAGCCUUUACUGUGGUAGUCACUGCCAUGGCUCUAAACUGGCUCAGGGCACAUGGCCUGAGAACUGCUGCUGGCCUAGUGUGGGUAGGAACCUCUUAGGUCACCAGCAGAAACAAGUUUCAGACACCUUUGUGCAACACCUUCUAAGCACUGCAGAACCUGACAGAUGGCAGAAUGACUGGAAUGCUCCAGGUUCCGGGCCAGGGUGACUGCAGGAGGGAAGGUUUCAGUGAUUGGAGCCAUUCCAGGGAACAUUGGAGGCUAUCUUGCUUGAUACUUUUUUCCUUUUCUUUCUUUUCUUUUUUCGCUAUCUGAAGGUCUUUGAGACUGUAGUUUACCAUCAUUCCAUCAGUGUUUCUUUGAGGUAACUGCAUCAGCCAUUGACUGGGAAUAUAAGGGAAGCUGGCCCUGGGGUUGCAAGAUGAAAGGUGGAACAUAUUUUUCUUAAAACAUGAAAGGUUUCAGAAAAUACAUUAGGUCACGUGGUUAGGGAAAACAAACUAGAAAAAGCUGUGAACUUGAUUUUGUGGAUUAAACAAAGCCAGGUGAUUAAAAUGUGAUUUAUUUAUAAA